UUCAACAUCUGCCACGUAUCACAUUCCAAACGGCCGCGCUCCCUUCCCUCCAUAGUCUUCUUCCCUUUAUAGUCUCGCCUAACUCUGUAACCAAAACCAAUCAGUUGAACUGAGCUCCGUUCUCAUGGCGAUGUUAUUGAGGAAAGUUUGGGGAUCAGUCUCCACUCGGCCAUCUUACACCGAGUCGUCUUCGUCUCUGUCUCCGUUUUCUUCGUCGUCAUCGGCUUCGUGUUCUUUAGGUGUGUUUGAUCAGAUACCGAAUGAUAUACUGAUGCAAAUCGUGAAAUUGAUAGGUCCAAAAGAGGCGGCCAAGCUGAGCGUGGUUUGUAAGUCAUGGAGAUUGCUCGUGUCUGAUAAUCGUCUCUGGAUUCACCAUUUUCAGAAUCUUCCAGAGCCUUGGGAAUCCGUUUUCUUCGCUGAAACCGUCCUCAGAUCGGGAUAUCCUAUCCAGACAUUUUCGAGUCCUACGAUGGAGUUGUCUUUUAUGAAUAUUUACGGUCAACGGGCUCAAGUGCCUGGUGCUGUUAUUCUUGAUGGCGGUUCAGGUUAUUGCAAGUUUGGUUGGAGCAAAUAUGCUAGUCCAUCUGGGCGGUCAGCAACAUUUAUGGAAUUUGGUAACAUUGAGUCUCCAAUGUACUCCAGACUUCGACAUUUUUUUUCAACUAUGUAUAGCAGGAUGCAGGUAAAACCAUCUUUACAACCAAUUGUUGUGUCCAUCCCAAUCUGCCAUUAUGAUGAUACUGAAAAUGCUAAAGCAUCAAGACGACAGCUCAAGGAUUGCAUCCACCAAGUUCUUUUUGAUAUGAAUGUUCCCGCUGUUUGUGCAAUCAACCAGGCAACUCUAGCAUUGUAUGCAGCAAGAAGAACUUCAGGAAUUGUUGUUAAUAUUGGUUUCCAAGUCACUUCUAUUGUUCCAAUUUUAAAUGGUAAAGUAAUGCGUAAGGUGGGUGUGGAAUUCAUUGGACUGGGAGCAUUAAAACUUACUGGAUACCUUAGGUUGCUGUUGCAGCAGAACAAUAUAAAUUUUGAAUCACUAUACACUGUUCGCACACUGAAAGAGAAACUAUGUUAUGUGGCUUCUGAUUAUGAAGCUGAGCUAUCAAAAAAUACGCAAGCAUCAUCGAAAGUUCCAGGAGAAGGAUUCUUCACCCUUUCAAAAGAACGCUUUCAAACAGGGGAGAUCUUGUUCCAGCCAUGUAUGGCAGGGGUGCGUACAAUGGGCUUGGAUCAUGCAGUAGCACUUUGCAUGGACCAUUGCCAUGCGGCAGAAUUGGCGGGUGAUGAUGCUUGGUUCAAGACUGUAGUUUUGGCUGGAGGGACUGCAUGUUUACCAGGACUUGCAGAAAGGCUUGAAAAACAACUUCAUGAGCUUCUUCCGCCAUCCAUCUCCAAUGGAAUAAGAGUCAUUCCUCCUCCUUUCGGUGCAGAAACUGCCUGGUACGGGGCAAAACUAAUAAGCAACUUAAGCACCUUCCCAGGCCCCUGGUGUGUGACGAAGAAGCAGUUCCGUCGUAAGACUAGAUUCAACAUCAUGUGGUGAGUUUAGGUCUCUGUACAGUCGAAAACCCUUCCAGGGUUGUAUAUUAUAUUGAAGCAGCCAAAUACAAUUGAGUCAUAUCAUCUUUGUGAAGAAGAUACAUGAACACAUUUUUCUUCAGACAAACUAUUGAGAAACGAUGUAUUGGGUUCGUAUUGGGCAACAUUGUUUUUCUUUGGGUAUCUUGUAAGUUGAUUUAAGUGUCAGCAGUCAGCACGAUAUAAUAAGAAUUGGAUUACUGUAAUACUAUAUAAAUAAUAAAUGGGUAGAUUUUUAUAGUCAGAAGAAUAAUACAACCUUGCAAAUAAAUAUAAUUUUAUUCGAC